CCCGUCCGUGCGGUGCAGCAGGUCGGUAGGCGGGAAAUGGCGACUGGCUGAAGGAGCUGGUUCUGUUGCUGCUGCGGGCUAAGCGGGAAAGACACCACGCGUUGCGCAGUCGGGACCAUCGCCGGAGCCUGAGGACACUUCUCUGUCGUCACAGUUAGUUUUACAUGUGGCACCCAUAAAAGAUGAGGCUGAGAACACGGAAAGCUUCUCAGCAAUCAAAUCAAAUCCAAACACAACGCACUGUCAGAGCAAAGAGGAAAUAUUCAGAGGUUGAUGAUAGCCUGCCUUCAGGAGGAGAAAAACCACCGAAGAAUGAAACUGGCUUGUUGUCUUCAAUUAAAAAAUUCAUUAAAGGAAGCACACCCAAAGAAGAGAGAGAAAAUCCUUCAAAACGGAGUAGAAUUGAACGUGAUAUAGAUAAUAAUUUGAUCACAUCAACACCAAGAGCAGGAGAAAAGCCUAACAAACAGAUAUCUCGAGUAAGACGGAAAAGUCAAGUAAAUGGAGAAGCUGGUAGUUAUGAAAUGACAAAUCAACAUGUAAAACAAAAUGGAAAAUUGGAAGAUAAUCCUUCCUCUGGCAGUCCUCCAAGGACUACAUUGUUGGGGACCAUAUUUUCUCCUGUCUUCAACUUUUUUUCACCAGCAAAUAAAAAUGGAACAUCAGGAUCCGAUUCCCCAGGACAGGCUGUGGAAGCUGAAGAGAUAGUAAAACAGCUUGAUAUGGAACAGGUGGAUGAGAUCACUACCAGUACUACUACAUCAACUAAUGGAGCAGCUUACUCAAAUCAAGCAGUUCAAGUGAGGUCAUCAAUAAAUAAUGGUUUAGAAGAAGCAGAAGAAACAGUUAAUCGUGAUAUCCCACCCCUUACAGCACCAGUAACUCCAGAUAGUGGUUAUUCAUCAGCCCACGCAGAGGCCACCUAUGAAGAAGACUGGGAAGUAUUUGACCCCUAUUAUUUCAUCAAACAUGUUCCACCACUGACAGAAGAACAACUAAAUAGGAAACCUGCCCUUCCAUUGAAGACAAGAAGCACACCAGAAUUCUCCCUAGUUUUAGACUUGGAUGAAACACUAGUACACUGUAGUUUAAAUGAGCUAGAAGAUGCAGCACUUACGUUUCCAGUCCUUUUCCAAGAUGUCAUUUAUCAGGUUUACGUGAGAUUAAGACCGUUCUUCAGGGAAUUCCUGGAACGAAUGUCUCAGAUGUAUGAGAUCAUUCUUUUUACUGCUUCUAAGAAGGUGUAUGCAGACAAGUUACUGAACAUACUAGACCCUAAAAAGCAACUGGUCAGGCACCGGCUUUUCCGCGAACAUUGUGUUUGUGUACAAGGAAACUAUAUAAAGGACUUAAAUAUCCUUGGAAGAGAUCUUUCAAAAACUAUAAUAAUUGACAACUCACCACAAGCCUUUGCAUAUCAGCUAUCUAAUGGAAUCCCUAUAGAAAGCUGGUUUAUGGAUAAAAAUGACAAUGAACUUCUAAAAUUGAUUCCAUUUCUGGAGAAGCUAGUAGAACUGAAUGAAGAUGUUCGACCUCACAUCAGAGACCGAUUUCGCUUGCAUGAUUUGCUGCCCCCAGAUUAAGUACAAAGACUUGUCAAAUCACUGAAGGGGGAGAGAAUGCAGGACGCUUUUGGACUAAGACAAAAACAUUGCCAUUACUGUUGAAAUUUUGCAUUUUUGUACCCCGUCUUGCUUUUCUUAUCUUGGUGCCCAAUAAUAAUCAAGGGUUACAGAAAGAGACUUUAUCUCAGAUUGAAUACAUACAGUAGGUAGGCUAAAACAGAAGAGUCUUUAGAACUAGUGCAACUUCCAGUGAAAUUUUUUUAUGUACAGGACAUCUGCAGUUUAUAAAGAAUUCUGUUUCUGCCACCAGCAGUUUGACCUGUAGUCACACAGGAUUUUAUGAUAAUAACAGAGAUGAAAAUGGACUUUUAUUUUCUCUCUGUUUGGUGCUCUAAGUGGGUUUGUAGCCACUGUUCUGUUACUUUAAAAUUCUCAUUUCAACAGGAAUGGCCAGUAAAAGUUGUUUUAUUUUUCCUGUUAAGGUUUAUAACCUUUUUACAUUUUUGACCUGUAUUAGAUUAGAAUUUCAUUAUGCAUUCCUUUUAGUUGAGGCGCUUCAUAGUUUUCUGGAAAUAGUCAAUUUUUAGUUUUUUAUUAUACAUUUGAAUGGCCGUUUUCCUGCUUUGUCUGCCUGCAUAUUGUAUAUUUGUUUAAAAAUAUUCUCUACUUUUAGUCCAUGUAAGUUUCAUUUAGAACAUGCAUUUAUAUUUUGUUUCUGUAAUAGUCUACUGUAGGUGAAAUCUUUUCAAAAAUCAAGAGACUGAGUAGAUAAGAAUAUAUGAAUGACUAAUAUUCAAAAGAUUUAAACCAUUGUGAUGGCAUGUGUUCCCAAGUGGUAAUAUCUUGCAGUGGCACACAGAUUUGAUGGAUAAAAGGUAUACCUCAGACUUCACUGUGCUCACCAAUCUUUGAGGAGAAUGAGUUUGGUCACCUGUUGGGCUUGAUUUGGUUACUGAUGCCUUUGGUUUUCUCCAGGAAUGAAGUAUUCAGCACAGUGAUUCAGUAUUUUUAGUUACUUUGCAUGGGCUGGUAGUACCUCUGUUAUGCUCUCAGUUACAAUCAAUUAAAACUCUGUGUAACAGUCUUGGUACCUUACAGUAGCUAUGCAUAAUCCUGUGGCACAGUAAACUCCCAAGCCACCAAUGCAGUUAAUAUGUUCUCAUAGUGGUUUUCUAUGCUAUAUGAAAAUAGUCUUCAAGCCUUGGUUCUCUAAUGCAGCUACCACAAGAGGUUGAUAUUUUUAUAGUGGCGUGUAAUCUCUUUUUCGGGAGGCUUUUUAUGGAAGGUAGAAUUUGUAAAAGUUAGUAUGCUUUGCCUCUCAACUGCAUUAUCAUGCCACAGGCUCAGACUGUUUUUGUGUAAAGGAUGUCAAAGAACGGCACUUUUUCUAAAGAGAAGUUUGAUAUUUUGUAUGCUUGUUAAGAAAGUACAGUAUUGGAAAUUAAAGGUGGACAACUGAUAAUUGAGGAGUAUGUCACUUAAUUUUUUAUGUAUAUUUACCUGUUUACUUGUACAACUUAUUGUACAAAUUACAUGCAGCUUCAUUUUCAAAUGAAUCCUUAAAAUAA